CCACCAUCUAAGGCUCCUCCUCUACCUCUCGCCUCCCCUUACACAUAUCCCGCAACCAUGUCCUCCGGCGUCGGCGUGAACCCCGAGUGCCUCUCGGCGUACCAGGAGCUGAAGCUGGGCAAGAAGUCUAAGUACAUCAUCUUCACGCUCAGCAAGGACAACACGGAGAUCGUCGUCGAGAAGACGGGUCCGACAAGCGCAACGUAUGACGACUUCGUCGGGGACCUCCCGGAGAACGAGCCCCGGUGGGCGGUGUACGACUUCGACUACGAGAAGGAAGACGGCGGGAAGCGGACCAAGAUCACGUUCUUCUCCUGGUCGCCCGACGACGCGAAAAUCAAGCAGAAGAUGUUGUUCGCGUCCUCGAAGGAUGCGCUCCGACGCUCCCUGGUCGGCAUCGCGGCCGAGAUCCAGGGAACGGACUACAGCGAGGUCGCACACGAGAGUGUGUUUGAGAAGGUCUCGCGAGGCGCUUGAGCGGCUGGCCCUUGCGAUUACCCCUUGCACACGCGCAUGAUAUCGAUGCCGAUGUCCACGACUCCGCACACCCAUUGUUUAUUGACGACUCGGAGACGAUUCGGACGAUACUGGUGGAGGCUUGUAGUCAUAUAACGAACGAUCUCUCUUGGCCACCUUGGCCGAGAGCUGAAGAAGUGCCGUAGAACUGUAUAAACUCUGACAUACCUCUUUUCUG